AUCAGCGCGUUUUAUCUAGUCUAUGGUUUUUAUGUUAUGCAGAGUUUAUACAGACAGACCUCAAUCAUGGAGCACCGCAAACAAACAGCAGCCACAUUUUACAGUUCCUACCGAAUCAAAACAACGAGCUUAUGCUGCAUUCACUACCGUAAUUAAGAGAUAUGGCAACCCGUGACGUUCUAACCGGAGCUGUUCAGUCAGACUCAGAAUUACGCGUAGGAAAUGCAUUUCAACAGUAUCAACACCGAAAUGGAUCUGCAGCAGUCAGGGUGUGUUGGAUGUAACUGGUUAUCCUGAGAAAAUGAGGGUUAGCUGAGAUCUGUCAAAUCAGGAUAACAGCAACAGCUAUGCGCCCUGCAUCACUACAGCACCUGUUCUUAAGCAAACAACACCUAACAGAAAAAUAAGAGUGUGAGAGAAGUCCUCCUAUAGGUCAACAGCAGCCAGUUCUGCCCAGGGAGAGCAUCCACAAGCAGGCACCAGAGAGUGACCACGGCUCAGUCUAAUCUCCAACAAUUCUGCUAUUAUCUGCUCUAUCCAAUCAAAGUCUCGUGUCAAAGCAUCGCCAUUGUGAAUAGCCAAGGGUCCAGCGUGGGGGCAGAGAGUGGCGUUUUGAUGAGUCAGUGGGUCUAAGACCUCCACAAUAGGCCGCACAGGGCUCCACAAUAGUCAAGGCUAAUGCGGUUUUUCUGUUGGCUGCUGCUGAGUGUGCAGGCCUGAUGCGCAUUCUGCACUAAAUGAGGGGCCCUGUGCUAUAAAAACACUGGACAAGGGCUUGGCCACCACAUUGAUUAUACUGGAUCUGUCCCACCUCAGUACAGAGCGCGGUGAUCGACAGCAGCCAUGAAUCCGCAGCAGGAAUUGGAGCAGAGGGGGAAGUUUAGGAUGACUGUGUUCGAGGAGGAGUUCUUCCAGGGCAAGAGCUGUGAAUUCAUGUUUGAGUGCCAGAACAUUCUGGACAGAGACUUCAGAAAGAUUCGCUCCAUUAAGGUGGAGAACGGCCCCUGGGUGGGGUAUGAGUAUCCCGAGUUCCAGGGCCAGCAGUUUAUCCUAGAGAAAGGAGACUAUCCCUGUUACCAGGCCUGGAGUGGCAACAGCAGUUACAGAACAGAGCACAUGCUCUCUUUCAGACCUAUUAAAUGUGCUAACCACAGUGACAGUAAGAUUACCCUCUAUGAGUGUGAAGAAUUCAUGGGACGUAAAUUUGAGAUGUGUGAGGACUAUCCCUCUCUCCAAGCCAUGGGUUGGUGCAGCAAGGAAGUUCCCUCAAUCAAAGUCAACUCUGGAGCCUGGGUAGGCUAUCAGUUUCCUGGUUACCGUGGAUAUCAGUACAUCUUUGAGAGAGACAGACGCCAAGGAGAGUACAGAUGCUACAACGAGUUCGGCACCCAGGCACACACCAAUCAGAUCCAGUCUAUGCGCAGAAUUCAGCAAUAAGACCCGACACCAUUAUGUACCUACCAUGUCAUGCCGUGUCAUUACUAUAGGCAAUAAAGACAUUAUUUAAACUAUGGUAAAAGAGUGCUUGUGGCAAUUCCUUGCUUUUUUAAAUAAAAUAACUUCUCUGCUCAAAUCAUGGAUCUGCUAAGUGGUAAUUCUUGAUGUAAAAAACAAGCAGGUCUGAUGCUUUUUAAAGCUAUAUGUAAUUAGAGAAGGCCUCCCACAUUUCAAGGUAAAUGUAAUCAUGCAGAAAUAUUGAGAUAGACUACACUUUCAAGGGAGGAAUAAGCCACUUCGUUAUAUUUAAGAGUUAGGAUGUUUUACACCAGCUGAACAGCACCAAGUCUUGCUUAAUGACGUCCCACACCAUCUAUAUGAUGGAGGAUGUGAGACUGUGAUAUUUCUAAUAAACAAGAGCAUGAGUACAUUCA